AUGGACUACACUCUCAUUCAUCACGCCACCAACAACCACCGCAUCGCCGAUCCAAGUGGGAUGAGAGAUGUAGUGAACUUGGAACAUCAUAUUCACUAUAUGGAAAUUGAGGCUUACAGUUCCAUGUUGAAGGCUUUUAUUGCUCAGUCGGAUCUUCUUACUUGGGGAAAAGAGGAGCUCUUGACCGAACUACGAAAGGAACUGAAUAUUGCAGAUUCUGAACAUGGGCAAAUUCUGUCUAAAAUAAAUUCCGAUGAGUCAAUUAGAUGGAUAAGGGAGCAAAGGAAAAGGGCAUCUCAUUCGCAUGCUCAGGGUUAUAUUAAAGCUAAUACUUCUGGGUGUCCUUCCGCCUCAAUUGGAAAUUCAGUUAUAAGAUUGAAAACACCAUCCUCGGCUACAUUUUAUGCUCACAACAACAUGUCGCACAGUCAAGCUUCUCUUAAUUCUAUUCAUGUUUCUGCUCCAAUGUCUGUCUAUGGGAAUGCUGAGCAAUCCAAGGAAAUGUUCAAUUAUGACGUUCAGCUGCCACCUAUUGCAAGAGGGAGUGCGCCGGAAGGAAAUUAUCAGUUUAAGCAGUACUGUCAACCAUCCGAGUUUCUCACUUUAAACAACAGGGAUAACUUAAUUGAAAUCCGUGCAACAGAUAGGGUUAUCCAUGAUGUUGAAAAGAUGCUUUUUGGUAGAGAGAAGCCUAGUCCAGUUGAUAUUGAGAAUGCGAAAAAAGCUCUUGAUGAGCAAGAAAGAGCUUUACUUGAAGCACUCGGUAAACUGACAGACGUGUUAGACGGGGAUGACAGGAUACUGCAAAACCUCCAAUCGAGGGCAAGAAAUGACGGUCCAUGGUAA